AUGGAUCUGCUUCCUGAGGGAAAAAAGAAUACCGUACAGGUCUUGUAUGAAGAUCAGCAAAAGAUCAACGAAUUUUCGAAGCUUAUAAUGAGAAAAGACGCGAUCAACCAAGAAUUAGCACAUUAUAAACAAGAGAAGGGGUACCUUGAUGACGUCUCGUUAGAAAUAGAGCUCAUUGACGAGGACGAGCAGAUUCAGUAUAGAAUUGGAGAGGCUUUUGUCUUCAUGAAGCAAAGCGAAGUCGUUGAGCAGCUGGAAAAAGAUGCAGAGGCUCUUGACCAAAAGAUAGAAGAAUUGGAGGAUGCAGACUCUGAGAUCAGUUCUAGGACAAGUGAAUUAAAGACGGUGCUGUACGCCAAAUUUGGAGACAAUAUCAACCUAGAGCGUUAG